AUGUCGUCGGAAAAUAGUCCGGUUAAAGAUUUUUACGAUGAGAAAAACAUAUUCGUUACGGGUGCCACGGGAUUUUUGGGUAUCGCACUCGUUGAAAAAUUAUUGAGAUCAUGCAACGUUGAAACCAUUUAUUUACUCAUGAGGCCCAAAAGGGGGAAGGACAUAAGCGAAAGAUUGGAAGAACUCAAAAAAAAUUUGAUCUUUGAAAAAAUUAAAGAAGAAAAAGGGGACGCGCCUUUUAGUAAAUUGGUUGCCAUACCUGGAGAUGUCGGAGAAGAAGGUUUGGGUUUGUCGGGAACCGACCGGGAAAAUCUCGUCAACGACGUUCAAAUCGUUUUCCAUUCGGCGGCAACUUUGGAUUUCGAAGCAGGUUUAAGACCGACGGUAACGAUAAAUUUAUUAGGAACCCGACAAGUGGUCGAACUUUGUACUCAAAUGAAAAAUAUCCAGGUAUUGGUGCACGUGUCGAGUGCGUACGUCAAUUCGAAUCGCGAUGCAGCAGACGAAAUAAUUUACGACAUACCUCAAAAACCUGACGAAGCUAUCAAUUUGGUAAAAGGUCUAUCGGACGAAGCACUCGAAGAAUUGGAACCCAAAUUUUUAGGAAAUCAUCCGAACACGUACACAAUCACAAAAGCUCUCGCAGAACGCGAGGUUGCCGGAUCUGCGGAAAAAUUCCCGUCCGCGAUUGUUAGACCGAGCAUGAUCGUGGCAGCUUGGAAAGAACCAACGCCCGGAUGGACCAUAUCGAAAAAUGGACCCCAGGGAUUUAUAAUGGGAGCCUCGAAAGGCGUUAUAAGAAGGCUUCCGGUUCAAAAGGAACUCGUAUACGAUUACAUUCCGGUCGAUAUUGUAGUUAACACGUUAAUUUUAGCCGGAUGGCAAGCGGCAAAAACGAGAACGCGUGAAACGUUGAUUUUCCAUUGCACGUCCUCAACGACGAAUCCAUUCUCUUGGAUGUCCGUCGAAAAUAGAAUAAAUUUUUACCUGAGAAAAUAUCCCCUUAAAUCCGCCGUUUGGUAUCCGACUAUGAAACUUUUACCGAAUUUAACUCUUUUUAAAAUCUCCGCCAUCAUUUUUCAUUUUAUUCCGGCUUUUUUUUUCGAUUUCAUGUUGAAAAUGACCGGCGGACGAACUAUGCUCGUGAGACUUCAUAAAAAUGUAAACAGAUCGUUGAAUCGUUUAGCACCUUUCAUAUUUAAAGAAUGGUUUUACGACAAUUCAAAAACUCAAGCGUUGCAAAAAUCCUUAACGGAAUCCGAUAAAGAAACGUUCAAUACGGACAUAACCAAGUUGGUUUGGGUUGAUUUUUUCGAAAAUCUCGUCAAAGGUGUGAGAAGGUAUCUUCACAACGAAACGAUGAAAACUCUUCCGAGCGCGAAAACGAAACAGCAAAUUUAUUUCGUAUUUAACACCCUCAUUCAAGCCCUCAUUUUCGGAAUCAUUUGGUAUUUGGGUUCUUUGGCAAGCGGCAAAGGAUUGUUGUCGGUCGUUUGGAUCCUUCCUAUCACUUACGCAUUGUUUAGCAUUCUGUAA